AUGUUCAAAAGUUGUUGUGCUCGACCGAGUAAAAAAAUGAGUAAAAGUACAUCUAAAUCAGAAAAAAUGGAUUCAAAUUCUGAACCUGACUCGGAAAAUACAAAAAAAAAGUUGCCCGAUAUUGAGGAUAACAAUACUCCGGAAAAGAAAGAAUUACCACAAACAAACAAAGAGUCUGAACAAGAAAAAAUAAAUUUAGGAGAGGGUAAAGAGCAAAAAUCUUCUGACAUGGCCACUGUUCACGAGGAUACGGACGUAGAAAAUGACGAUGACGAGGUACAUAAUGAUUCUGUCAGUGAAGCCGGGGAAGUGGAUACUUUAGAUCUUGUGCUUCCAAAAAAAGAGUUGACAAGAAAGAGAUAUUCGGUUGACUAUAAAAGGACUCGCUUGGAUUUUAAACGAUUUUCUGUUGAUUGCCGGCGUGACUCUGCUACCUUGGAAGAAUUGGCUCGUCUUGAACAAGAACUCGCGCGGACAAAUGUGGACGUGCGUCCUGGAGGUCGACGCAAGUCAACUGGUAUUUUAAAAUCUACAACCAACAGCAGCAACGGCGGGUCAGAACAUCGACCUAGUAGCAAACAAGAAUCAGAUACAGAAGAUGACGAAGUAUUUGAGGAGAGUGUGACCAAAACUGGUGAAAAUGAAGGGCCUCGAGAUCCGCCAGCUACUCCAGUGGGCCGGGAUGAGUUAGCACUACGGAGGCAUAGAUUUUUUUCGGAUCUUGUUUGUGCUGCACGGGCUGCUGUAGAACAUCGUGUUCGUUUUGAUCCACUCGGCCCAGUGGUUGCAGAUCCAGGCAGCGAAGCCGACGCUGCAGCAGCGACCCGAAGCCCAGCAUCGGACCUCGAGUGCUUGAUAGAGCGCUUGGAGCGUGUCACAUCGCGUCUGGAGCGCUUGCCGCUGUUGCGCGCGCGCACUCCAACGCCGCCAGCUUCUCCUGCGCCCUCGCCAGUCUCUGAGCCCUCGCUCCCACAUCAAGCACCGUGCUUUGAACCAACCGACGACAUGAGCGUUAACGGUUAUCAAGAUAUAGUGCAGGGUCCCCUGCAAGUCUACUUGCAGCUGUCGCAGCAGAUCGGUGGCGAUGUGUCCGCACACGCCAACCUGGUCAACGCCGCCUUCCAGGCGCAACUUCGCUACAUUCAACUGGCUACAACAAGGAGCAAGCCUUCCCAGGCUGAGGAGAUGCAACUCCUGGCUCCGACCAGCGAGCAGAUCUCUGCUAUCCAGCAGUUCCGCGAGAAGAACCGCGCUUCGACGUACUUCAAUCACUUGUCGGCUAUAUCCGAGAGCAUUCCUGCUCUAGGAUGGGUGGCUGUAGCGCCCACCCCGGCACCUUAUGUGAAGGAAAUGAACGACGCUGGUCAGUUCUACACGAACCGAGUGUUGAAGGAAUGGAAGGAGAAAAACAAGACGCACGUGGAGUGGUGCCGCGCCUGGGUGCAGCUACUGUCCGACCUUCAGGCCUACGUCAAGCAGUACCACACCACCGGACUCGUCUGGUCUGGUACCGGCGCCGGAGCUCCCCCACCGCCGCCCCCCGGCGGCAUGCCCCCACCACCCCCAGUGCUCCCAGACGUGGACUUCUCCAACUUGUCCGUGGACGACCGCAGCGCCCUCUUCGCUGAGAUCAACCAGGGCGAGAACAUCACUAGCAGUCUGCGUAAGGUGACCCCGGACAUGCAGACGCACAAGAACCCGCAGCUCCGCCAAGGCCCGGCCCCGUUCAAGGCGGCCCCGGCGGCCCGCGCCCCGCUCGGCAAGCAGCUGCCGCAGCCCGGCGCCGGCACGCUAGACAAGCCGCCUGUCUUCACUCGCGACGGCAAGAAGUGGCUCAUUGAAUAUCAAAAAGGCAACCCCAGCCUGGUGGUUGAGAACGCGGACAUGAACAACGUGGUGUACAUGUUCCGCUGCCGCGACUCCGCGCUGACGGUGCGCGGCAAGGUCAACGGCGUCGUGCUCGACUCCUGCACCAAGUGCGCCGUCGUCUUCGACAACCUCGUCUCCAGCAUCGAGUUCGUCAACUGCCAGUCUGUGCAGAUGCAGGUGCUGGGCAAGGUGCCGACAGUGUCGAUCGACAAAACGGAUGGCUGCCAAAUCUAUCUGUCUCCGGAAUCGUUGGAUGUCGAGAUCGUCAGCUCCAAGUCUUCGGAAAUGAACGUGCUCGUGCCCAAAGGCAACGGUGACUAUUCCGAGCACCCGGUCCCGGAGCAGUUCAAGACAGUGCUGAACAGCACAAAAAGCGGCAUCACCACCACGCCCGUCGAGAGCACGGGCUAA